CCCUAAAUCAAACGCAGCCCCCAUUUGUUCUUCUUCUUCACAAAGCCACAAACUCAUCUCCUCUCCUCUCUUCUCUGAGAACCAUAGAAGCCACCGCAGCCCCCAAUCGCGCAGCCACCGCAUCCCGCCGCCACAGCAUCCCGCAGCCACCGCAGCGACGGGUUUGACCACCGCAGCCCCCACCGCAUCGUUGUCAUCGCCGAGCUCGCCUUCUCUCUGUUCGCUGGUGUCGCGUCCUCUGUCGUCGCCGUUGCUCGCCUUCCACCACGCCGCCGUGAUUCUUGCACAUAUUAGAUAUUUAAACAGCAGGAAAUCGCUCGAGCCGGUACUGAUGGGUAUAAUCAGGAGUUGCUUCUCAUUCAUAGCAGGGACAGUCUGUGGCAUUUAUGUGGCUCAAAAUUAUCAAGUUCCUAACAUCACCAAGCUAAUUGACACUACCUUGCACAAGGCAAAGCAAGUUGAGGAAACAUAUCGCAAGCCUAAGAAGAAGGGUUCUGAUGAUGAUAACUACGAUUAGUUCCCCUAUAUAGCGCUACUCCAGAAUCAGGUUCAUAUUGCUGUGAUGAUAAUCUCUUCUUUGUUUUGUUUUCCUCAAUGAUAUAUAGGGUCAAAUAAAUUUGUUAACAAAAGUAUAUGGUAUAUCGAAAUGAAUGGAAGAGUGUUAGAGGAGAUUUCUUAGCAUUUAUAAGAGCUUUUUUCACUCUUUAGUGGGAAAUGUUAUCUUUCCUUUGUCUCCCAUGUUUGGAAUCUUACAUUGAAAUUACAAAUUAAAGAAAUGUAUAAUAUACUCAUUCAUUAAUCUUGAAUAGAUUUUGGGACUGGGCAAGAAAUCUGUUUUUAAGGUCGUCAGAAUUAUGUAAUAUACCUGGAGUUUUAUGCCUAUAAAUUUUAAUGGUACUUUACCUAUUCUUGAUAUAGUCAUCAUCUUAUUGUGGCUUGUUAA